UCGGGAGCUGGUGUGGGUGGUAGAAGCUGCGGAGAAGGGGCAGGUGCAGGGUACCACUGGGUCAUCCAGGUAGUGGUGGCAGUGUGUGCCUGAGCUCCUUCCUCACCAGCGCUGCGGUGCCAGGGCAGCCCCGAGGGAGGUCAGAGCCAGUGCGGGGAAGCAGUUGCUAUGGCUACGGCCCCCGCAGUCUUGGAGCUGGUCCUGUGGCUUUGUUCCCAGGCAGCCGGGGCUGCUCAGGCACGGCAGGAUCCGAAGCAUCCCUGUCGUUUGGCUUCUGACUGCUGCUGUUCCGUCCGUGGGGGGCUCUGAGCGGGCCAUGGGACACGGAACAGGCUGCCCCGAGGCGCGCUCGUGGUCUCCAGUUCUUCAGCCUCCAGCAGUCGGAGCCAAGGACCCUGCUUCCGGCUGACGGGAAGGAGCAGAGCCCAGCCCGAGGCUGCGGUGGAUGUUCUCCCGCGUCCAGGCAGAGCUGGAGUAGGCUGGGACGAUGCCGCCACCCUCAGACAUUGUGAAAGUGGCUGUUGAGUGGCCUGGAGCCAAUGCCCAGCUACUGGAGAUAGACCAGAAAAGGCCCCUGGCAUCCAUCAUCAAGGAGGUCUGUGACGGGUGGUCACUACCAAACCCUGAGUACUACACACUGCGAUAUGCCGAUGGGCCCCAGCUAUACAUCACGGAGCAGACUCGCUGCGACAUCAAGAAUGGGACCAUCCUGCAGCUGGCUGUCUCCCCGUCCAGGGCAGCUCGCCAGCUGAUGGAGAGGAUCCAGUCACACAGCAUGGAGGCCCGACUGGAUGCCAUGAAAGAGCUGGCAAAGCUCUCUGCAGACGGGACCUUUGCCACAGAGUUCAUCAACAUGGAGGGCAUCACAGUGCUGACACGUCUGGUGGAGAGCGGCACCAAGCUCCUGUCCCACUACAGUGAGAUGCUGGCGUUCACUCUGACGGCCUUCCUAGAGCUCAUGGACCAUGGCAUCGUCUCCUGGGACAUGGUCUCCAUAACUUUCAUCAAGCAGAUUGCAGGGUACGUCAGUCAGCCCACGCUGGACGUCUCCAUUCUCCAGCGGUCGCUAGCCAUCCUGGAAAGCAUGGUGCUGAACAGCCAUACUCUGUACCAGAAGAUAGCAGAGGAGAUCACCGUGGGUCAGCUCAUCUCGCACCUCCAGGUCUCGAAUCAGGAGAUUCAGACUUAUGCCAUUGCCCUGAUCAACGCCCUCUUCCUGAAGGCACCGGAGGACAAGAGACAGGACAAGCUCCUUAACCCGCUAGACCUGCCUGUCACUGAAAUGGCCAAUGCAUUUGCCCAGAAGCACCUGAGGUCCAUCAUCCUGAAUCACGUGAUCAGAGGAAACCGCCCGAUCAAAACUGAGAUGGCGCAUCAGCUGUAUGUGCUGCAGGUGCUGACCUUUAACCUCCUGGAGGAGCGGAUGAUGACCAAAAUGGACCCGAAUGAUCAGGCACAGAGAGACAUCAUCUUUGAGCUGAGGAGAAUCGCUUUUGACGCUGAGUCUGACAGCAACACCGUCCCGGGGAGCGGGACAGAGAAACGCAAAGCCAUGUACACCAAGGACUACAAGAUGCUGGGAUUCACUAAUCACAUCAAUCCAGCCAUGGACUUCACCCAGACGCCCCCAGGGAUGCUGGCCUUGGACAACAUGCUGUACUUGGCCAAGUUCCAUCAGGACACCUACAUCAGGAUCGUCCUGGAGAACAGCAGCCGGGAGGACAAACAUGAGUGCCCAUUCGGGCGCAGCGCUAUUGAGCUCACUAAGAUGCUAUGCGAGAUCCUGCAAGUCGGGGAACUCCCCAAUGAGGGCCGGAAUGACUACCACCCCAUGUUCUUCACCCAUGACCGAGCAUUUGAGGAGCUCUUUGCCAUCUGCAUCCAGCUGCUGAACAAGACCUGGAAGGAGAUGAGAGCAACAGCAGAGGAUUUCAACAAGGUGAUGCAGGUGGUACGGGAGCAGAUCACACGGGCUCUGCCCUCCAAGCCCAACUCCUUGGACCAGUUCAAGAGCAAGCUGCGCAGCCUGAGCUACUCGGAGAUUCUGCGGCUACGGCAGUCCGAGAGGAUGAGCCAGGACGACUUCCAGUCACCGCCCAUUGUGGAACUGAGGGAGAAAAUCCAGCCUGAGAUUCUGGAGCUGAUAAAGCAGCAGCGUCUGAACCGGCUGUGUGAGGGGAGCAGCUUCCGGAAAAUUGGGAACCGUAGGAGACAAGAGAGGUUCUGGUACUGCCGCCUGGCUCUGAACCACAAGGUCCUGCACUAUGGAGACCUGGAAGACAAUGCCCAGGGGGAAGUGACCUUCGAGUCCCUGCAGGAGAAAAUUCCAGUUGCAGACAUCAAGGCUGUUGUCACGGGGAAGGACUGUCCUCACAUGAAGGAGAAAAGUGCCCUGAAGCAGAACAAGGAAGUGCUAGAAUUGGCCUUCUCCAUACUGUAUGAUCCUGACGAGACCUUGAACUUCAUUGCACCUAACAAGUAUGAGGUGAGUGCUGUGGAGACGGGCUAGGAGCGUGCCCAAGUGCUGGAGCCUGAGAGGAACCAGCUCUUCCCCGCUGAGCCUGUUUGCAGCAUCCUCCUGUUCUCUGCUUACUGCCCCCUUCCCUGCAAAGGCCCCGGGGGCGGUUACAGAAACCCAAGGCCUCAUCACAGGAGAGAAGAGCGGGAGAAUAAAGCAGCUCAGCAAGGAUCCAUUAUCCCUGUAACCGGAGCCCCCUGCGCUCCCCCGCCGGGCCCUGCUGGCCCAGGGCUUAGUGCCCCUGCAGCAGAGCCUGUGGGCCUGGGUGCUGUGCUCAGCCACUGGGCAGGCGGCGGGCUUGGCUCCCUGCCCUCCCUGGGGUGGUGGAAGGAGAGCACAGCUUCCUGUGGGCUUUGCCCCUGGGCUGCCGGCCCCCGGCCCCUGCCGUACCGCAUGUGGACGGACGGGCUGCACGCGGGUUCCCCAGCCCCAGGUCCUGGUCUCCCCCGACCCCCGUGCCCUGCGGUACCGCAUCUGGACGGACGGGCUACACGCGGGUUCCCCAGCCCCAGGUCCCGGUCUGCCCCGACCCCCGUGCCCGUGCCCGUGCCCGCGCUGCUGAC